AUGUCUUCAACUCACGCACAUACAACUGGUGAUAAUAUUGCUGAACAAGCAAUAGACAAACGUGAUGAUGAUAUUGCUGAACUGAUAUAUGAAAACGGUUCGAUUGGUAAGAUAAUGUUUUAUUUAUGAAGGAUACAUGAUAAUCUAGCAUUAGUUCGAAGUCUCCUUAACCAUAUCGCUCUCAUUUCCAUAGAUAAAUAGCAACCAACAAAGAAUUAAAAUUGUUUUUUGUCCAGUAAUAUGCAUUAUUCAGCAAUAUCUAAAUAAGAAAACCAUAUGAUUAUUAGAGUAACAUGUACAAAAUUCACUUCGUAGUAUUUUAGUAAUAUAUUUGACUGAAAAAUAACUUAAUACUUUUAUUAAACAAAAAUUCUAUUAGAAGUCAGUUAGAAAUAUAUUGAACGGUAUAUUUCAAUUUUUUCUAUAGAAAGAUAUAGAAAAAUAUUGACUUCUUAUAACACUCUGUUAAGAAACAUGUGUUAAAUAUAUUACAAUAGUCAGGUUUAAAAAGUAAUAAGAUUUCAAAACAUAAUAAACGUAUCUGACGCGAGUUAUUUAUCUGAUUUUGAAAAACUUACCAUCCAGAUAAUGUUUUUAUAGCCAGCUAUUUAUUUAUUAAAUCUUGAGAAACUUCGUUGAUCAUUCUCUUUAAAUAUAAUUUGAGAUAAAAUAUUUGAACAUUAAUUCAUGUUAAAGCAUUCGAGUAAGCUCUUUAAAAUGGUUAUUCAGAUUUUUACAUCCCACUGUCACAUUAUAAACAAGUUUGUAGAAGAAAGAGCAACAUUCUAUAACAAAUAAAGAAAAUCCAAUAAAAAAAUAAUGUAUGUUUCACAGAGAGUAUUUAGUAAAAACGAAAUAUAAUAUUCUAAGCAAAUAAAAAUAUCCAGAUAGCGUUCAUAUAUAUUAGUCAUCGCUGUCAUUUGAGUAUCACAAUAUUCGUUCAGAAGUUAACGGGAAAUACCAAAACACUCCUCAAAAGCUUCACUAUUAUAUUUUAGAUGCAUAUUGAAUAUAGAAAAGCUAAUUUAACUUUCAAAAUACAUCAAGAUAUUAUAACAAAAUAAUUUUUCAACAUGUUUUUUUGAUACAGAUGUUACUUUGUGUAUUCUGCUCACAAAAGUUUUCGUGUUUUAUGAAUUAUUUGAUAGAAUAGAAUAAAACAGAAAUAAUAAUACAGUAGAAAACUGGAAUAUCAUCACUAUGAUCUAGUCAAGUAACUAGUAACAGAAGCUUAUUAAAAACUGUUUAUAUAGAUUGCGUAAACACAUAUCAAUAUUAUAUGUAUCAUUAUUAAUAUGACUAACAAAAUUCUAUUAGUUGCUUACUACAAAACAAUAUUUAUAAAAUAGGUUACGGAGAAUUUUGACUUUUUUUUCAUCCAAUAAUCAAAAAAAAAUCAAAAUACAAAAAAGAUAAAUGUUAUAAUAUGGAUGUACAUAAAGGAACUUUUUGCAAAACAGAUGAAUAAAAAUUCAACGGUUAUAUCAUUUAGAAUAGUCAGAUAUGUGAAACUGAACUUUUAAAGAAAAUUUACGAUUCGAUGUUUACAAGAUUGUAAUUAUAUACUUUAGCUGUCGACAAUGACUUAAUUAUAAAAGUGAUUAGUUUUGAAAAGUUGCUCUAUAUGCAUCAUUAUAGUGCCAUCUACCGAUUUUUUUCAUCUCUUCUUAUUACACUCAUAACUAACGAUUAAAAAUUUAGGCUAUGACGAUUUUGAACUAUAAAGUAAUUUAAGGUUACCGUAUAUUCUGCAUAAUAGUUCUUUGUAAGGACUCUCUUACGAUCUUCCAUCCUGAAGAUAUGAAGAAGAAAACGCGUAAGGAAGAAAAAGUACGAACACGAUUUUGAUUUUUUGAUUUAUAUUACCGUUUGCCCUUAUUCUAUUAAGUUACUAAUAGAAUUCGAUACUAUUAGUUUGGGAUUUUUCUCUCUUUUUCAUUAUAAUCUUUUCUUUCCUAUAUUUUUAUGACUUAAAUAUGAUGCUUAGAUAAGUUAGGAGUUGAAAUUUGUGGAUGUAAAAGAUGAAUUUAAUUCUCAUAUCUGUAUCCAUUCGACAAUAAAGAGCUAAAUAUUAAAUUCGACUUUGAUUUUUGCAUUUCUAAUUAUUCUCGUAAAUCCAGAAAAUCUUUAAACUCUACAGAGCUCCGUUAUCUCUAAUACUUAAAAGCGUUAUUUAUCUAUGAUGUAUACAUGAGACAAAACUUUGAAUAGGGCUUUAGGAAUUGUCAACAGACCAUCUGAUUUAUUUCUACUGUAAUUAGUAUGUUAAUUUUUUGUUUUAUUCUGUCAAUAUUAUCACUCUUGAAACAAAAAAAAAGUAUAUGUUACAAGAUAUGUUUCUAGUUGUUUACGGAUAGUAAAGGAUACUGCAGACUCUUUCAUGUAAAAAUUUAUGUAACUUAAAGAUGUAAUAAAAAAAUAUUAUUAAUUUGACCUUUGCAAGCGAGCAAAUACUGUAUAUGUAUUUUAAUGAAAUUGUAGGAGUUAUUUCACAUUAAAAUUAUUUUAGCAAGAUGAAAUACAUGAAACUUCAUUAAAAUACAUAAGCUUGAUGCC